UAGACCUGUAAAGAUGGCGUCGGAGAGGAGUCGAGAAGUGAGAAGGGGACACUCUACCGUUAUCAAACACCGCCGCUCGAGACUCCUCAGAGACUGAAAAAACAGAGGGGGCCGGUUUUGUUUCACUAACCAAAACAGUUGGUCUCAAAAGGCGGAAUCGACUGGCUGCUCUCGCUGUCGGGUUUGGACAUUCCCCACUGAGGACUGAGGCUACUAGCUGUGUAGCACCAUCGACUGUUUAUGUUCUUCUAGCGGGACCCGUGUCAACUCUUCUGACCGGAGCCAUCAUUUCGUGCCGUAUUACGAGGACAAGCAUGGCAGAGCUGGAUUAAUCACGCUACUGUUUUGUGGACUCAAGUUGACCGCAGGUCUGGCAUUGCGACACUGGGAGCGGAGUCGAGCCAAGCCAAGUGGCCGUCAUGUAUUUCCUCACCGGCUGGCCUCGGAGGCUCCUCUGCCCGCUGAAGAGCGAAGAGGAGCCGUUUUAUAUUCAGCCGAGCUCCCACAGGUUUUAUUUCGCCUUGCUCUCAGAAACGCAACUCAGCGUCUGGUUCAGCCGGCCCAGUGUGUUGAUUGUCAGCUAUAUCGAGUCUGCAAAGGCGGCGACCCAGUUUGGAUUCUACCAGAAGGCAGAAUGGAAACCAGACGACUCCAAGAUAGCAGUGGCUACCGCCAAUGGCUACAUCCUGCUGUUUGACAUUGUGGGCGGAGGAGAUGACAAGUAUCUCUAUGAACCUGUCUAUCCGAGAGGUCCACGAGUAAAGGUCACUCCAGGUUACAAGGAGGAACAAUGUGCCCCUGCUCUCUCAAUAGAGAUGAAGAGACCAGUGGAUCUGGAGGCCCCCAUCACCAGUCUGCAGUCUCUUCAAGAGCACUUGCUGGUUUGCACCGCAGAUGGGUUCCUCCAUGAGCUGCACUGGGACGGGCAGGGCAGCAACGGCCGCAAGACCAUCUGUCUGACUGCUAUCCCCUUUUCUCUGGACCUUCAGUCUGCUCGGGGCGGCCCCUCCUUGGACCUGGAGGGUGUCUACAUCCGCUGCAUGGAGUACUGCACCACCCUCCACGGCUUCGCUGUGGUCCUGAGCGACGGUCACCUGGGCUUCAUCACGCCACUCAGCAACACCAUCACCGCAGAUCUCCAAGCUGUGUGGGCUGCAGACGUGACUGAUGGCACUUGUGUGGCAGUCAACAACAAGUACAGACUGAUGGCCUUUGGUACAGCCAGCGGCUCGGUCCUGGUCUACAUGAUCGACACUACAACAGGAACUAUGCAGCUCUCUCACAAGCUGGAACUCACCCCCAAACACUACCCAGACAUCUAUAACAAGACGGGCCCGGUCCAGCUGAUCUGCUGGUCACCUGACUACAGUGUCGCCAUGGUUACCUGGGAGUGCGGCGGCCUAUCGCUGUGGAGUGUAUUUGGAGCUCACCUCAUUUGCACUCUGGGAGAGGACUUUGCGUACCGCUCUGAUGGAACAAAGAAGGAUCCCAUUAAAAUCAGCUCUAUGAGCUGGGGAGCGGAGGGCUACCAUCUGUGGGUGGUUCCAAGCCGGCAGGAAAGGAGGAAGCGGCAGGAAGAGCAAGAGGAAGUGGAGAUGACUUCAGCUCCUCAGGCAUCCCUGCAGACGGGCAUCCUGCAGUUCCACUUCAUCAAGAGUGCACUCACGGUCAACCCCUGCACGAGUAAUCAGGAGCAGGUGCUGCUCCACGGUGAAGACCGCCUCUACCUGACCUGUGGGGACCCCACACAGGUCCACAGCAGCGGCGACACCCAGACACACCCUCACCCACACGACGGCAGCCCACCCCACCAUCCGCCGAAACCUAGCUCCUCUCUCUCUCAGGGACUCAGCACUUUACUGGGACACAAGCACUGGCACGUGAUCCAGAUCCACAGCACAUACCUGGAGAGCAACUGGCCCAUCCGGUUUGCAGCCAUCGACACUGCAGGUCAGUGCAUGGCUGUGGCUGGAAGGCGAGGAUUUGCACACUACUCCUUGUUCACGCGGAAGUGGAAACUGUUUGGAAAUAUCACUCAGGAGCAGAACAUGACGGUGACUGGGGGUCUGGCUUGGUGGAGCGACUAUGUGGUGGUGGCCUGUUACAAUUUCAUCGACCAGCAGGAGCAGCUGAGGCUCUAUCAACGCUCCUCCAACCUGGACAACGCCUUUGCCUCGGUCACAAAGCUGCAUUCGGACACUCUGCUGCUCAACGUUUUCAGAGACAUGGUCAUCAUGUUCAGAGCGGACUGCUCCAUCUGCCUCUACAGCAUAGAGAAGAGAAGCGAUGGCCCCAAACCUUCAGUCAGUGUGGAGUUGCUGCAGGAAGUCUCCAUGUCUCGUUACAUCCCUCACCCUGCCCUCGUGGUGUCUGUCACACUCACGUCAGUGCGCACAGAGACCGGCAUCACGCUGAAAGCCCCGCAGCAGGCCUGCAUGGCAGAAAGCAUCAUGUUGAAUCUUGCUGGCCAGUUGAUCAUGUUGCAGAGGGACCGUUCAGGUCCACAGGUACGAGAGAAGGAGACGGCGGUCAACAACAAGAAGCUGCUCCCCUUCUGUCCACCGGUGGUGCUCGCUCAGUGUGUGGAGAACGUCUGGACCACCUGUCGCUCUGACAGGAAGAAGCGCCAUCUGCUGGAGGCGCUGUGGUUGUCGUGCGGCGAGGCAGGCAUGAAGGUCUGGCUGCCCCUGUUCCCCAGAGACCACCGGAAGCCGCACUCCUUCCUCUCCAGACGCAUCAUGCUGCCCUUCCACAUCAACAUCUACCCGCUGGCUGUGCUGUUCGAGGACGCCCUGGUUCUCGGGGCGACCAACGAGACCGUGCUGUAUGACGGCCUGCAGGGUUCCUCCGAGCCACUGGAGGCGUUGUUCCCUUUUUGUACUGUUGAGAGGACCUCUCAGAUCUACCUCCACCAUAUCCUGAGGCAGCUGCUGGUUCGAAACCUGGGCGAGCAGGCCUUGAUGUUGGCUCAGUCGUGCGCCUCGCUCCCCUACUUUCCCCACGUCAUGGAGCUCAUGGUGCACGUGGUGCUUGAAGAAGAGGCCACAUCCCGGGAACCCAUCCCUGAUCCUCUGCUGCCCACUGUGGCCAAGUUCAUCACAGAGUUCCCGCUUUUCCUCCAAACCAUCGUCCACUGUGCCAGGAAGACUGAGUAUGCCCUGUGGAACUACCUUUUUGCAGCGGUGGGGAACCCAAAGGAUCUGUUUGAGGAGUGCCUCAUGGCUCAAGAUCUCGAUACAGCUGCCUCCUAUCUUAUCAUUCUGCAGAACAUGGAGGUCCCAGCUGUGAGCAGACAACACGCCACAUUGCUCUUCAACACAGCCCUCGAGCAGGGAAAAUGGGACCUCUGUCGCCACAUGAUCCGGUUCCUCAAAGCUAUUGGCACCGGCGAGAUGGAGACGCCGCCCCCGACACCCACCGCACAGGAGCCCACUUCUAGUCCAGGGUUCGAGAUCUUCAGGACUCGCAGCAUCAGCUUGUCUCAGUCUGCAGACUCUGUCACGACCGGAAAAUUCAGCUUGCAGAAGACCUUCAGCAUGCCAGCUGGACCCUCAGCUAAAGGCCGAGAUGCAGAGUGCCCUGAAAACAUGUACAUUGACAUGAUGCUGUGGAGACACGCCCGCCACCUGGUGGAGCAGGUGCGCCUUCGAGAACUGGGCUGUUUCUCCGCCCAGCUGGGCUUCGAGCUGAUCGGCUGGCUGUAUCGAGAGCGGAACCGCGUGGCCCGCAUCGACGACUUUGUUUCGGCCUUGAAGAAGCUCCACAAGGACUUCCUCUGGCCGUUCCCCGUCGUUCCUGUCGGGAACAUCAGCUCGCCACAGAAGAACGGCCGCUGUCGCACAGUGCUCAGCGCUCGCCUGCUCAAAUCUCAGUCGGCUGACAGCCUGUUGAACAGCGACAUGGACACAGCGCCCCCUCAGGCGACACGCAGCAACCACACCUGGAUGGAUGGGCAGAGCGCCAAGGACAUGGACGCAGCAUCGUCGGCUCACUCCGACCAGCACUCGCCUCAGACGCACGACGCCUUCCUGUCUCUGCUCACCAACAAAGUGGAGGAGUACAGCAUCGGCUCAGCCACAGACCUGACGGAGACCAGCUCAGUGGUGGACGGCGACUGGACCAUGGUGGACGAGAACGCGUCCAGUCUGAGUCUGAGCCAGGCCGAGCUGGAGCACAUCUCCAUGGAGCUGGCCAACAAAGGUCCUCAUAAGUCUGAGGUGCAGCUCAGGUACCUCCUGCACGUCUUCAUGGAGGCCGGCUGUUUGGAGUGGUGCGUGGUCAUCGGCCUGAUUCUCCGCGAUGCAAACGUCAUCAAGCAAGUCAUCAGCUUCAUGGACGGUCCAGAGGUUCCACCUGAGACUGUCCAGAGUGUCCGGAAAGGACUACUGGCAGUCAACUCCUGGGUCUCCACAGACUGCCUGGGCUACAAACCCUUCCUGAGCCUGAUCCAGCCGCAGCUGCAGCAGCUGAUGGAGGCCGCAGCGGAGCCGGUGCAGCCCGAAGCUUUCCAGCCAACCAGCCAGAGCACCAAGCUGGGGGUCUCUGAAGCCCUGGGGGCUUCCUCACCUCCUCGCUCCGAGGACAGCCGCGGCGGCGCCGCUUCUCUGGGACUGGCCUUGCCCUCUCUGGAGCCUGCAGGGGCCUUUCCCAGGCCCCCAGUUGAGGACGGUCCUCCUGAGGAGGUGGAAGAACAGGGGGAGGAGGAGGGAACUUACGACUGCAUCUUGUCCUGAACACAGACUCGGGUCGUGUGUGCUGACUGGAAACUCCAUUUUUGUGUGUGCACAGAUAUACCUCUUCUGCAGGUUCAGUCAGUGUUACACAUCAGCCGUGGAGGAUCUGAAGCCUUUUUCACAAACCAGACAAAUAGAAGGUCACAUGUUGGAGGAGCUCUCACAGAAAGCUGUUGACCAGCGCAGGAGAGCUGCUGCGGUUCAUGAGGCUCUGGAGGGCCGACGUGGAGCUGCAGCAGUGCAUUUGUGCACACAAGGUGUUUCAUACAUUCAUACCUCAGUGGAUUUUAAACUAUUUUGUGAUAACCUUCUGGAGUUUUCUAAAGAAAUGGCGUUAUUUUUCUACCACCCACUGAAAAAGAGAAGCGCCUUGUGUUUAUAAAUCAAGUUACGACGAAGAGCUCUAUGAGUACGAACCCAUUUCUUACCACUUGACCUGUUGUGAGGUUUUACAGAGCGUAUUUUUUAAAAGCUUCAGGAAGAGUGUUCUGCCUUGGGCGUGUGGAAAGGUGCGAGGCGUCAUUUUAUCACAUAUUUGGGUUGUUGCUGCCCACAUUUUUAUAUAUCCAAUCCAGAACACUUCUGUAUUGACUGGUAUUCGCCUGCCCUUUCUGUGUUCAUGCUUUGGUUGAAAUGUGGUCGUGGACUUGCUUUUUAUUAUUGUUAUUAUUAUUCGGAUUAUUUAUUGGCAUCAUAGCAGCGUGAGGAGGAGAGCUGGAGACUGGUUGUUCUCGGUCUUGGUAGAGCACUACAGGUUCAUGUCAGUAUUAUCUCGUGCAAUGAUUUGACUCCGCUUUAUUUGUCUCUGUCUGCGUUGCUUUCCACGAGUCGACCAAAAAGCUCCUGGUAUUACAGGUUCCCAUCAGUGUGGACGUGUUCUCAGAGGGCAGCCUGACACUAGCAGACUGACUUCAGCUCACACGCUGGACUCUGCUUUACUUGAAAAAGGUGACUUGAUGAACCAAAGAUGUCCAGAGGCCUUGUGUUUUAAACCACGGAUCUGCCGAGGGAAGGAGAACACAUCCUGGAAUCAGGGCUACGGCGAAAGAGAAAUGAUGGUGUGGUAUUCGGAACGGUUGCCCCUCCGCGGGUGAUGUCAGCGGUACUGACCCUCACAUGUGUCCAAGUGUUUGUUCGCGGAAUUAUUUUUCCCUUCUGAUGCAGCAGACAUGGAUGAUGCAGUGUAAAGAAGCUUUCUUGUACAUUUGCCUUUUCUAUGUUGUUUGCUUUUCUAUUUACUUAUUCUCUUGUACAUAAGGAUUGAACAAUAAAUUAUUUUUAAAA